AUGAGUUAUAAGUCCGGAGGUGGAGGUGGUUGGCGAGGCAGAAGAGGGGGUAGUAGUAGAGGCUAUCGUGAUGGCAGCAGAGAAAGAGCCGACCACCGUGGAGGUGGUUGUAGUGGCGACUUCGACCAUGACAACAGCGGAGGUCGCCAUCCAUCACAUUUGAAGGGCCGUGAGAUUGGCUUGUGGUACGCAAGAUAUGGAGCCGUGAAGAAAAAACAGGCAGACCGGAGAUCGCGGGCAGUUGUCCAGAUGGAUGAGACCAGAGAGCAGCACAUUAUGAAACUCCUCGACUCAGUGUCCAAUGACCAGCCUGGUCUAAAUAGACCACCGCCCAGUAAAAGUAGUCACUGCUACUUUGAUGGAGACAUGACAGAAGAGGAAAAACAGAAGAUCAAAUUCAAGGAAGAAGAGGACAUUGGCGCAGCCAACAAGAAACGGUAAUCACCCAGCAAGGAGCGAUCAUUUGCUCAACACUUUUACCUCCGGAGGCCCUUUAAAGAUGAGAUCCCUGACACUUGGGAUGAUCAGCAGCAAAUGGACAAAAAUGAAGCAAAAGAAAAACCAAGGCAGAAAGACCGAUGUCUAGAGUUCUUACUGCAAGAAAUAACCAGAGAUGUCUUGCUGGAUGAGUCUUUGAAGAAAGAUCUGCAGACUAAGAUAUCAUACCCAAAGUACAGGGAAAUGCUGAUGUUCAGAGAGAAGUUGCCAUCCUAUGGAAAGAAAGAGGAACUAGUUCAGUUGAUCAACUCCAACCAAGUGCUGGUGGUGAGCGGCGAAACGGGCUGUGGAAAAACCACCCAGGUGACCCAAUUCAUCUUGGAUGACCACAUCAGCCGUGGCAUGGGCUCAAUGUGUCGUGUCGUUUGCACCCAGCCUCGUCGCAUCAGCGCCAUCUCGGUGGCAGAACGUGUGGCUGCCGAGAGGGCAGAAAAAGUUGGCAGCCGAAAUUCAUGUGGUUAUCAAAUUCGCUUGCAGAGCCAGUUACCAAGGAAACAAGGUUCCAUCCUGUACUGUACAACGGGCAUUAUCCUUCAGUGGCUUCGCUCAGACCCGAGAUUAUCAAGUAUCAGCCACUUGGUUCUGGAUGAGAUCCAUGAGAGGAGCCUGCACUCUGAUGUGUUGCUCACUAUUGUCAAGGAUCUGCUUGAUGUGCGACAUGACCUCAAGGUCAUCCUGAUGAGUGCUACGCUCAAUGCUGAGAAAUUCUCCAAGUACUUUGACAAUUGCCCCAUGAUCCACAUCCCAGGCCUGACCUUUCCAGUGGAGGAGUUCCUUUUAGAGGAUGUUGUAGAGAUGACAAGGUAUCGUCCCAAGAACCCAGACCGUCGUCCUGCCUGGAAAAGAGGCUUCUGGCAAGGACGCCACUCCAGACCUGAAAAGGAAAAUAAGGAAGCCGAAUACAAGGAGAGCUGGCCUUGUUACGCUCGCACACUCAAGGCUAGAUACUCAGAGAGCACCAUUGCUUCUCUCGAGAUGCUGGAUAGUGACGACAAGAUUGAUUUGGAACUCAUCUUGGUGCUUAUCCGACAUAUUGUGCUUAACGAAGAGGAAGGAGCCAUUUUAGUUUUUUUGCCUGGCUGGGACAACAUCAGCAGCCUCAAUGACUUGUUGAUGGCACAGCAAAUGUUCAGAUCAGAUCGUUUUGUUAUCAUCCCUCUGCACUCCCUCAUGCCAACGGUUAAUCAGACUCAGGUGUUCAAACGGCCUCCACCUGGCGUGCGGAAGAUUGUGAUCGCUACCAAUAUCGCUGAAACGAGCAUCACAAUAGAUGAUGUGGUUUUUGUGAUUGAUGGAGGCAAAAUCAAGGAAACCAAUUUUGACACCAACAACAACAUUAGUACAAUGACUGCCGAGUGGGUGAGCCUGGCCAAUGCCAAACAGAGGAAAGGCCGUGCUGGGAGAGUGUGCCCGGGGAAGUGCUAUCAUCUGUACAACGGUCUCCGAGCCAGCCUUCUGGAUGCUUACCAAUUACCAGAAAUCAUGAGAACGCCACUGGAGGAGCUAUGCCUGCAGAUCAAGAUAUUAAAGCUUGGGGGAAUCGCUCACUUCUUGCAGAAAGCUCUGGACCCUCCUACUGAAAAGGCUGUGAAUCUGGCCAUAAAGAACCUUAAAGACCUGAACGCCUUGGACCACUCGGAGAACCUGACGGCGCUCGGUGUCCACCUGGCUCGCCUGCCUGUUGAGCCUCACAUCGGAAAGCUCAUUCUGUUUGGAGCACUGCUAGGCUGCCUCGACCCCGUGCUCACCAUCGCCGCUUCCCUCAGCUUCAAAGACCCUUUCUUCAUACCCCUGGGCAAAGAGGAGAUGGCAGACAAGAGGAGGAAAAUGCUGUCCAGGAACACUAAAAGCGAUCACCUCACUGUGGUUAAUGCUUUUCAGGGCUGGCAAGAAGCUAAACAGCGUGGUGGUCGGUGCGAGCGAGAUUUCUGCUGGGACAACUUCCUGUCUGCCAACACACUUCAAAUGCUACACAACAUGAAGGGCCAAUUUGCUGAACAUCUCAUGCACGCAGGCUUUGUCAGCAGCAAGGACCCUAAAGACCCCAACUCUAAUGUCAACUCAGAUAACGAGAAGUUGAUCAAAGCAGUGAUUGUCGCUGGGCUGUAUCCUAAGGUAGCCAUGAUCCGACCAUCACACAGUAAAAAGAGACCCGGGGUUAAAGUGUACACUCAGCAUGACGGGAAGGUUUGCAUCCACCCAAAGUCCGUCAAUUAUGAGGAGACCAACUUCAACUACACAUGGCUCAUCUAUCACCUCAAGAUGAGAACCAGCAGCAUCUUCCUGUACGACUGCACCGAAGUGUCACCCUUCUCGCUGCUCUUUUUCGGAGGUGACAUCACCAUCCAGAAGGAUGACGACCAGGAGACCAUCGCUGUGGACCAGUGGAUAGUCUUCAGGUCACCGGCGCGAACUGCUCAUCUUGUCAAGAGUCUGAAGCAAGAGCUGCAUUCUCUUCUGGAGGAUAAGAUCCGCAGGCCAGCCCCUGUGGACUGGCAGAACCGUCAGUCCAAAGAUUGUGCCGUCAUCACGGCCAUCAUCGAUCUCAUCACCACGCAGGAGACGACGGCAGCGAGGGUUGGGGGUCGCGACAGAAGCCACGACAGGACGUGGACCCCAAGAGGACAACACAUUUACUUCAAUGACGAGGACAGCGAUGAGGACAAUUAG